AUGGGCCUAAAUAUUUCACUGAGUCGACUCGACCGCCUCAUAACCCAAUUUUCUCUCAAGAAUCUAUCUUUUGGGUUACAAAGCGAUAGGCUAGUUGCAAUGGCACCAUCACGUAACAUCAUUGUAGCAACUGGUCUGGUUGUUUUCGCGUCUGCAGGCUUAGCGUUCCCCUUUUACAUGGCAUCGUCGAAAAGGCCAGUGAUAGAUCCAACAAAACCGUUGCCUCCACAAGCAACUUUUAGAGGGCCUUACAUUAACACUGGUUCACGGGAUGUUGGACCUGACCAUCGCACUUACCCAAAGAAAUGA